AGGAUGGCAUCUGCAGCACUGUGGGAUAUAACCUGACACAGAUACGACAGGGAUGCUGAAAAUACCAUCUGCAUGUUUUUUGUCUUUCUCUCUUCUGCCCAACUUUACAAUCUGAGCUGAUGUGUGAGAAAGAGAGUCCUGUCAUGAAUGAAACUGGAGUUCAAACACUGGCUCCAGAGCCAUGUGAGCAGCAGAUACUACAGGAGGAUACCAGUGGAAACUGCAGCGGAAACUCCACCGGCAACCUGUCGCUGCACUGCUGGCUGCAGCUCCUCACCAGGGAGUCUAUCAUGGAAUUUCAAGGAGAUGGCUCCAGUGUGGUGGUGCGUGUCAUGAUAGCAUGUGUGUACUCUAUAGUCUGUGCACUGGGGCUGGUAGGAAACUCAUUGGCUCUGUAUCUGCUGCACUCACGCUACAGGCAGAAGCAGUCGUCCAUUAACUGCUUUGUGAUGGGACUGGCUAUCACUGAUCUACAGUUUGUGUUGACUUUACCUUUCUGGGCAGUGGACACGGCUCUGGACUUCCGCUGGCCGUUUGGCCGAGUGAUGUGCAAAAUCGUCAGCUCUGUCACAACCAUGAACAUGUACGCCAGUGUAUUCUUCCUCACAGCUAUGAGUGUGGCACGUUACUACUCUAUCUCCUCUGCGAUGAAGAUGCACAGCCGGCGGGCAGCAGCCGCCAGGGCCAAGUGGACGAGCCUGUGCAUCUGGGCAGUGUCUCUGCUGGCCACUUUGCCUCAUGCCAUCUACUCCACCAGCGCCCAGGUGUCAGAUGAGGAGCUCUGUCUGGUGAGGUUCCCAGAUUCGGGCAGCUGGGAUCCCCAGCUUCUGCUUGGUCUCUACCAACUGCAAAAGGUCCUGCUGGGCUUCCUCAUUCCUCUGAUAAUAAUCACUGUCUGCUACCUGCUGCUGCUUCGCCUUAUCCUGAGUCGACGCAUCGCAGGUAUAGCAGGUCCAGCAGGUCCAGAAGUGAAGCAAGGCCGGCAGAAACGACGCUCUAAAGUCACCAAAUCAAUUGCAAUUGUUGUUCUGUCCUUCUUUCUGUGCUGGCUUCCCAAUCAGGCCCUGACGCUGUGGGGAGUACUCAUAAAGUUUGACCUCGUGCCCUUCAGCAAGGCUUUCUACAACGUGCAGGCCUAUGCCUUCCCCCUGACAGUGUGCUUGGCACACACCAACAGCUGCCUCAACCCUGUGCUCUACUGCCUGAUUCGCCGGGAAUUUCGUGCAGGCCUCAAGGAACUUCUCCUCUACGCCACUCCGUCCUUCAGGAGUUUGACCCAUCUGCUACGUCGCAAGGCCAAAGUGGCCGAGGCACCACCUGUUCUGGUUUUGGUCCAAAUGGACGUCUGAGUGGGAUGACAAAGGAGUAAAUGACUAACUCAUAGAGCAGACUACUCUAUGGUACUGUUUAUCUGAGUUGUUUACUGUGAGGGUGCAUUUAUUUCAACCCUGUCAACACAGGAAGUUCCAUUUCUUUCUGGCUUUUGAAAACAACAUAAUAGUAACAGUUGGCACAGUGGGAUGUGCCCCUGCUGUGUUCUUCAAGAUUUGCUCUGUCGCAGAUCUGUUCAUUGUUGCAGUGGUUGUCUGUUUUGCUCUGUGGUUAUUGGUCAUGAACUUGUGUAGAUCUUAAUCACAGAUCAGACUUAAAUAGUUGCAUCACUCAGACACAGUAUGUCUAAUGAGGAGGGUUUUGGUGCAAUGUGUACAUUCUUUCAUACUGUAAGAUAUAAAUGGGGAAAAUUAAAUUCAAAUUUAUAAACAUAGGCCACUAAAAGACAACAGAAGAGUAACCGAAAAGUCUGUGGGCACAUAGUGGAAAGCCUUAAAAAAUGGAGAAAAGGUGUCUGUGCUGUUUGUUUUUCUGGGUUGUAAAGAAUCGUUGUUUGGUGCAUCGUCUUGGGGGAACAGUUUCUCCCUGAAUUGUGAAAGUACAGAAGACAAGUAGAAGGUAAACCAGUGUAUCAAAGGCUUCAGUGUAAUGAGUGUAAAAUAAGUGCUAUGAUUGUGGAAACCUUUAAGGAUACUGAUCUGGGGGGAGAUUCAUGUUAGAUUUUUACCCUCAUGCAACAAAUCCUACACUACUCAGACGUGAGCUCAGACUGUUGUAUGCUCACUAUUUCUCCCUUUUAUUGCUUUCACUCGCCGUAUACAGCUGCACACACACACUCGUAGCUGCAGAUAUGACAGCCUGGACAACAUGAUGAAUAAUUUAGAGUUCCCAUAUAAUUUGCACCACAUUCAAACCAGGCCAUUCAUUCAUAAAAAUAAGGCAUUUCUCAAUGGACGGACCAUCCAUGGCAGCACCAGCAUCUCCCUCACUCUGUCAGUCACUCUGCAGGAGCGCAUAACUACGUAACAUGUAAAGAUGUGAUCCUCUGUGAAUAUGUUGUCACUCUUGUGUCUGUGACUGUGACCAUAAUCAUGAUAUUUUCUCGAAAGAUUUGAUGUAUUAAUGGACAAUUAUAUUGACUGACUCGCUGUAAAUGAAAUGAACUUGAGAAUAAAAGAAAUCUCAGCUUCAACUAUGUGGGAUAAUUGGGCCAAUCCAUUUUAGAAUUCAGAUCACAUACAUGGGGAGAUAAAUUAGGCAGUAAAGGCGCAGAGAAUCUGAAAAAUAAAAUGGCGCUAAUGUUGAUGUAAAACAAUCCUAUGCAGGCGGGAAGGCAUCAGUCAGCAGAGACCCACUUCUCUGUUCUUUUAUUAAUGAGAUUUAAUGUUUUCAUUCAGUGUUUGCGCAGCAGCUCUUCAGUCGCUAACAACAUCGGCACCAUGCUGCAGAAAUAAUCAGUAAACAAAGGUGCUGACAGAAGUGCUGUUAACUGGAAUUGCUAUCAGAUAAAGGAGAAGCCUUUCCUAAUCCGAUCUGAUGAGCUGGGAUAAAAUCCGAUUUUCACUCUUCAGCAAAGCUCUUCUGACAAGAUGUACAGUAAAGCCGACUCCAAAUAUUUUAACAUCAAUACUAAAUAAAAUAUUACGCUGUGGAUUUGAA